CUGUGCGCAGCCUCACAACCGCGCCAGCAACGGCCUGGCAACAGCCUCCGCCGCGGCCCUGGCAACAGCCUGGCCCCGCCCCCUGGUGUUCCGGGAAAGCGGUCCGGCCUGGGCGCCGUGGAGCAGAGGCCGCACGGACCGCAUCCCGAGCUCGGCGUGGAGCAGUGCACCUGUGACACGUUUUAAAAACACAUUAACUUUGGCUUAAAGGAAGUAUGGCUCUCAGUCCAUCUGUGUGUCUUCAAGAAUGUAAAGAAAAUAAUGCAAAAUUUGUGGAAGCCAAACAGUCACAAACUGCUUUCAUAGCUUCAGAAGACCCUCUUCAAAACUUAUGCCUAGCCUCUCAAGACAUUCUUCAUAAAGCUCAGCAGAGCGGGAGGUCACGGUGUCUCCAGUGUGGGGGCUCCCGAAUGUUCUACUGUUAUACUUGCUAUGUUCCAGUUGGAAAUGUACCAACUGAGCAGAUUCCGCUUGUGAAGCUUCCACUGAAGAUCGAUAUCAUCAAACAUCCCAAUGAAACAGAUGGCAAAAGCACGGCUGUGCAUGCAAAGCUCUUAGCACCCGAUUGUGUAAACAUCUACACUUAUCCGUGCAUUCCAGAGUAUGAAGAAAGGGACCAUGAGGUUGUGCUUGUUUUUCCUGGGCCUCAGUCUAUCUCCGUGAAAGAUAUUUCAUUUUAUCUGCAAAAAAGGAUUGAAAAUAAAGGUAGAGGCAACAAUGGUGGCCCUGAUAAGCCAUCUUUGAAACGAAAGAGAACUGAGGAAGAAGAGAGCUGUGACUUGACGGAGAACAAGUGCAAAGGCACAGCACUGAAAAGAAUUGUUUUUAUAGACAGUACCUGGAACCAGACAAAUAAAAUAUCCACCGACGAGAGACUUCGGGGGUUAUUACAAGUUGAACUGAAAACAAGAAAAACCUGCUUUUGGCGCCAUCAGAAAGGAAAGCCAGAUACGUUCCUCUCCACGAUUGAGGCCAUCUACUACUUCCUAGUCGACUACCACACUGAGCUGCUGAGAGAGAAGUACAGAGGGCAGUACGACAACCUUCUGUUUUUCUACUCUUUCAUGUACCGCUUGGUAAAGAAUGCCAAAGGUGCUGGAGGGAAGGGGAAAACAGAGCUUACCCAUUAGCUUUGCACAAGCCCCUUGUCACUGUACUGUGCUAAAAUUAAUAAACUUGUGUGCUUUGGGAACUAAUCAUGCAUAUGCCUGUAAGGAUACUUGGAAAAGUUCCAUUUUCGUCCGUUUUACCACAUUUUUUAAAACAAAAAUUGUAUCCCAGGCAAUUUUUGAGAGGUGGAAUUGACUGAAAGACUCAGUCCAGAAGCCACGUGCCCAGUUUUGGCACAUCUCAGUUGCACUGUACAUUUCAGUAUGAUGUGUUCUAUUUACGUAAUUGUCAUUGUGUUCUGAUUAGAGAGCUUGUUAUUUUUUCACUCAUGCUCACCCCCCACCUUUUGAUUUAGAUGAAGUCAGAAUUUGGGGCCUGAAAAAAAACUGAACCAUAAUCUGCUUGAGGUUAAUGAUGAAAAUGGGCAAAACUAGUUUGUGGUGCUGCUUCUCUAAGUCCGCUCUUACCCUUUCCAUCUGCCUGGCAUCUGCUUUAAGAAAAAAAUGCUAAGUCAUUUCUUCCUGCCGGAUGGAUGGGCAUAUGACCUAUUUUAGCAAGAUAACGGCCACAGCAUUUCCUAAACAUGGGCUGACCUGAGGCUGAGUACAUGGCCCAGCAGCUCCAGGGUCCAUUCUGUGUGUUAGGGACACUGUAGGAGAUGGGGUUUAUUUUUCAAAAAGCAAUAUGGUUCCGUGGUGAAGAGUUCAGGCUCUGAAAUUGGACAACCGAGUCUUGGUCUCAGCUUUGCUUUUCCAUUUCCCAUCCUCUGUUCUUUUCUCAGCUGAACAGAGUCAGCAGUGCAGUGGCCACAGGAAUGUUAAGAUGAGCAGAAUCUGUAUGUAAGCAGCUUUCACCAGUGUCUGGAAUGCAAGUACUAGAUGUAUGUUUAUUCCUUUAGAAUUGUGAACUAAAAAUGAUUUCAGCCUUAAGCUCUGGUGGCCACCUAUUCUGUGAGAAGAGCCAAUCUUGGAAUGAAUUCAGAAACGAAAAGCAGAGAGGUCAGUCCGGUGACCUCAUUCAUUUAAUCACAGAGAUGCCCUGUGGCGGAUGGACCUCCUGUGCUGGAUGGCUUGUGUCCUCUGGAUCUGCCCCAUUGUUUUCUCUCUGCCCUCCGCUCUGGUAGGGAAGCUCACUUGCUCGGUGGGUUUCAGCUGAUUUAGCAAAUGGGAAGAACCAGCAGGAGCCUGGAGUUUGAGAAUAUUGUUCUAGCUUCCUUUCUGUUGUUGUGAUAAAAUAUCUUGAUAAAAAGCAACUUAGGAGAGAAAGGGUUUAUUUUAGCUCACAGUUUCAAGUUAUCAUCUGUCAUUGAGGGGAGGUCACAGCAGCAGGAACUUAAAACAGCGAGUCACAUCACAGCCACAGUCAAGAGCAGAGGCCAGUGAAUGCUUGUGUGCUUUCAUGCUCAGCCAGCUUUCUCUAGUCUUCUACGGUCCAGGGCCCAAACCGGUGCCAGACUUUCAGGCUGGGAUUUUACAUUGAUUAGGGCCAUCAAGACAACCCUACAGACAUGCUCACAGGCCGACCUGAUCCAGGCAACCCCUCACUGAGAUUCUUCCCAGGUGAUUCAAGAUUGCCAGUGUUGACAAUUGAAAUGAACCACUGUAAAUAUGAAAACAUUGAUUUUCUUGGUCACUAUGAGUUGUCCGUGUUCCUUUAUAGAUUGCAAUCCUGUGAGGUAUCCUUUCCCUUACCAAGUAGUUAUUCCAGUUUCAGGUCCUUGCUCCCUCUGUCCAUUUUCAUUCAGGGCAGUAAUGGGCUCCACCUGGUAUUAAGUCCCAGCGGCAGUUUCUCUAACCCUGCCAGGGCCUUCAUAAGCAGCCAUUUCAUUGCACACCUCUCAGAUGCCCUCAUCUGAAAUCAUCUGCUUCCUUCUGGGAUUUGGACUGUAGAAAUGAGAAGUAAUAAUAUAUCUCAAAAAAUAUGCACUUGGGACACAAUAUCAUUAUGUGGAAAAAAACAUUCUUGGUGAAAUUACUUUGUUGCAAAUUACAUUUCCCUCUUGAAGACUCAAAAGGCACAGCAUGUUAAAGGUUCUGAGAAUUCCUGAAAUAACCAUUCUGGACCUCAUGGAAGCAAGUGUGUGUUAAAAUCAGUAGAAUGUGUGAUGCCUAUUAAUGUCCUGUGGACAUUGAGAUACUGUGGUUCAGAUCAAUUCGUGAGGAUACAUAUGUGACUUAGAGAUGUUAGAUACAUGGCUGAUAGGACAUAUGACUAGUUUGUGGCAAGGCCUGGUCCGAAGCCUGAGGUUUCUGACUUGAUUGGUUCUGAGAGCUACUGUUACAGUGCUGUGUGGACUGCAUAAGGUUUGGCAUGGCCUCCAUUAUGCACUUACUGGCUCACUUUAUUUAGCAGUUAUUUUACAAACUUGGGAUUAAAGUAAAGUUCUUCAUGUUUGAAACUUGGCCCUAGAAAUAGAGGAAGGCUUGAUUGACUUAAAUAGAGCCAAAGUCUAGAUUUGGAGUAUAAAUUUAGACUUCCUGGACAAAAUCUAUUUCUAUUUACCUGGCUCCACAUACCAACUAGCAUAAUAGUUAAAAGGGAAAUGGAAGAGAGAGAAUAAUCGUGUCACUCAUUUGCCUGUCUCACGGCAACCUAAGAAAGAUGACCACAUACUUCAGAGAGGGUAAUAUACAACCACAGUCAGAUAAGAGCUCAGGUUCUUUCCAAAAGAAGAUAAUACCUGCUAGAACAGUGAACUGACUAUAUUUGUCUUGUUUUUCUUGGCAUGAUAGACUACAGAAAUGGCCCUAACCUGCUUUUCUCCAAACUGAUGUCCCUUCAGUUCCUUUGAAGUUCCCUCUCACUAUGAGUCUGGACCACAUUUCUAAGACUGCUGCAUUUCUGGUUUUGUGGUUUGGCUCUUGACAUACAAAUAUGCAUGGCUGUGUUAGCCGGCUGGAGGAUGAGGUAGUGAGAGCAGAGCGAGGUUGCCCUGUCACUCUUGCCCCUGUGUGCCUGUGUAGAUUGGCUGAUAACCAGUCACCAGAUAUUCCUGUGAUCUCCAGCCAAAGUCAGGACAGAUACCUACUGACUCCUGACAUGUGAGCAAGGAAUGUCUUAUCUCACUGACAUUUAACUGUAGUUUACAGCAUUAUUGUGCCAGUAGACAGUAUAUCUUUGUAUACUAUAGCAGAUGCAUCUCAGGCACCCCAGAACAUUCUUGGCCCAACUAUUUCCUAGGCCCUUGACAAGUGACUUUGUCUUAGUCACAGAAUGCCAGCAGGCUUAUGUGAUUCCCUGGUGACUACCAAAAGGGGUUUGGGAUGCAGUCCACAAUGUUGGUGAAACUAAGUUAAUGAACUGAAGUUAUCAGGUAAAUUCCUCUCCCUUUGGACGACUGUCUCCAAGAACUGUCUCAUCCUGAUCAUGCGAUAUAACCACUUUGCUAAGCUAAGGCUUGCCAAGAGAUUGACAGUGUUUCUUCAUGGCUUUUCAUGCAGCAGGAGCAGCUGUCAGCAAGUCAUCAACUGACUUGUUUCCAUCCCUGUACUUCCAUCCUUCACUUUUACCAUCCAGGAUUUUGUAUUCUAAUAAAGUCGUUGAUGUAAUCUUUCUAGGGAAGCCAGAUAAUUUGGUCAGGAUUUGGUCAGGAAAGUAGAUUCAUUUAAAGUGUUGACAUAGUUUUUAAACAAGUUUAAUAAAUGAAUUAGGGCUUACCUAAAGGUGGAAUUAUUGGGAGAGUUGAGUCUGGAAGGCUUCAGCAGGGAAGGCUUAGAGAAAGAGACACCCACAGACACUCAGACUGCCCAUGACUUAUAGAGAUAUCUAAGUCUUAAGCACUUUUAGCUUCUCGUUUGGUAGUCCUAGAUGCCCUUUGGUUCAGGUAGCAGUACUUUCUUAAUCUGUUUGGAAGUCUUAAAAGAAAGUACACGGAUACAUAUUUUAUUUUGUCUUUUCUUUGAGGCCGUGUUGAUUCGGUCUUUGUCCUAGGUCUGUCUUUCAUUAUUAUAUCUUAUUUGUUGAAAAAGAAUUUCAUUUCCCAGUCCUGAAUCCUAGGUUCUGUGUUUCCUCUCGAUUCCAUUUUUAUGCCCACCUCAUCAUUUGUGAGCUUCUGUCUUUCUUAUAGUGCCAUAUAUAUAGUGGGUAAUAGCUUCUUUAAAACCUCUGCCUCAGAAUUCACCAAAUAUCAUAAGUGCAUUAGGUACAUGGUCUUCCAUCUUACUGGAAGAUAAUGUAUCAAAUUUUUUUGUCUUGAAUACUGACAUUAAAAGGCCCCAGUGAAAAACAAACAUUUAGUGAACCUAGAUUGAAGACCACCAGCCAAAAAUCAGUACCUAUUCAUAAGAGCCAGUUAUUGCCAGAUAGUUGGUAAAAUGGAACCAACAUUUUUGAAUGAAAAAAUGGAAGCUAGAAAUACAAGGAGACAGACAAGUGGGGAACAAAAGAAAAGAUGUAAUUGGAUAUCCUAAGAAAAAGUGUAUUUAUUAAAAGUAAGAAUGGGAUAAUAUGAAAAGUAAUAAAAAAGAGAUCCUAGAAACUUAAAAAGGAAUUGCUGAAAUAAUUCAAUAUAGGAGUUGGCAUAUAAAAUAUAAGAAUAUUAAAAUCCUGAUUUCUAAUGCUUAGGUCUGAUCUUGUUAAAAGCUGUAACCAGGGACAUGGGCACAUUGCUUAGUAAACAAACAAAGCCACCUGAAAUGGAAAGAUGUAAUAAUGCGUGUAUUAGCCAGACCCUUUGUUGUAAAGGAAAAGACUGGAGACUAAAUAUUGACUGCAAAUUCACAUUAGGUGAAUGGGUUGAAAAUCCAUACACUAUAUAUUUACCUGUAUGUCCUUUGCUUAUUAUUGUGAUGCUGGAUUUCUUGCAGGGUUUUGAGAUGAGCCAAAGCCCUCCUCCUAAUUAUUUUUAAUUAAAAUAUUUUAAUAUUA